AUGAAUAACACUUGUGAUGAUCUCUCUAUAGGUGUCAUCCAAGAAAUCAGCUCCUUUGACGACGUGAUGUUAAAGAAGCUGACAUCCUUAGCUCUUCCAAAUAAACUUAGGGUCGACAAUCGAAAAAGACGAGAAGAAGUUUAUCAUGAUCAUCCGACAAAGAAAAUCAAGUUUUUCGAGCAGAAAUUGAGUUCGAGUUUAGUAGUUAUCAUGCCUCCUUCAGCUCUGGAUCGUCUUGCAUCACUUCAUAUUGACUACCCAAUGUUAUUUGAGCUCCAAAAUACUGCUGCCGAGCGUGUUUCCCAUUGUGGGGUUCUUGAGUUCAUUGCUGAAGAAGGCAUGAUCUAUAUGCCUUAUUGGAUGAUGGAGAAUCUACUCUUACAAGAAGGAGACUUUGUGCGAGUGAAAAAUGUUACCCUCCCUAAGGGCACGUACGUUAAAUUGCAGCCACACACUAUGGAUUUCUUGGAUAUUUCCAAUCCGAAAGCUAUCUUGGAGACAACGCUGAGGAACUUUUCUUGCUUGACCACAGGGGAUAGCAUCAUGGUGGCUUAUAAUAAUAAAAAGUAUUACAUAGACAUAGUCGAGGCGAAGCCUUCCAAUGCGAUAAGUAUUAUUGAAACCGAUUGCGAAGUGGACUUUGCUCCUCCUCUUGAUUACAAGGAACCGGAAAAACCUACCCUACCUUCUGCAACAGUUCAAGGCGAGGAACCUGCAGAAGAGACCGAACCUAAAUUUAAUCCGUUCACUGGUUCGGGGAGGCGUUUGGAUGGGAAACCUUUGAAAACACAGCCUCCGCCACUUAAUUCAUCUUCCCCCAAAAGCAAAGGCAAUAAUGCAUCAUCAAGUGGAGGAUCAGCCGCAGGCUCGAGUUCCAGCUCACAAGGAGGCAGCAAUCGGCAGUCUCAAGGAAAGCUAGUCUUUGGUUCAAAUGCCAAUCGCACUAAGGAAACACAAAAGGAGACUGCAAAAGAGGCAAAGCCAGAGCCUCCGAAGAGUGAGGAGCCGAAAUUUCAGGCUUUUACGGGAAAGAAAUACUCAUUGAAGGGUUGAUCGAACUUGUGUAUAUUUUUGUCUAUGAACUCAUUUCACUCUUAUCACUGGAAAACGAGUGAAAAAUCGAUUCAACUGAGAAUUUGUCGUUUGAAGGAGUUGGGUAGUCUGGCAUUUGAUCCAAAUUCGGAAGGGAUAAUUUGUGAUUGAACUCUUUCAUCUUAUCAGUUGGAUUGUUUGUUAUAUUACUCUCUUGUGGUGUCCACUUCAUUUAGAUGAAUGGAUUCUUAAAAAAUAUUAAUGUUUCAACAUUUUCAAAGGGAAUAACAGUCGAGGUUAAAAGGAAGUCUAUUUUACUUGAAC